AAGAAGACACGCGAGCAAAAUGUCGAGAUAUAUUGUGAUAUGAGAGGGGUAUAUAACUAACAGGAAUAUUUUCUUUGAUUCUCAUAAAAUGACCAGAGGACACCUUCGAAUCAAGGACAAGCCAAAGGCGAGACGAUGCUGGCAUCGUAACACUUCAUCUCUAGGUCCUCAAUGUUACUUACUAUGGAUUGUUGUCCCUGGUUUGAUUUCUGUCCUCUUCAUUCGUGAGGGUGAAGCUAGUCACAUGAAGAAACUUAUCCACCACAUGAUGAUGUCCGCCAUGUCUUCAGGAGGCAAGAAACUCAUGAUGAGUGUAAAAGGUGUACUCGUUCCCAUCCCUAUUCCUAUGCAAGUGUCUUUGCCUUCCCUGCCUUCCAUCAGCUUUUCGAAGGGAGGAGACGAUAAAGGAGAUUCUGGGGGCGGUGGCGGGGGAGGAGAUGAGAAGGUUAAAGUAAAAUAUGUUCCUGUGCCUGUGCCAGUCAAAGGUGGAGGAGGAAAAGGUGGUGGUUGGAGUGGCGGUGGAGGAGGAGGAUGGCCCGGUGCCGGUGGAGGAGGAUGGCCUAGUGGUGGUGGAGGAGGAGACUGGAACUCCGGAGGUGAUUGGAAUAGUGGUGGUGGAGGAGACUGGAAUGGUGGCGGUGGCGGAGGAGGUUGGAACAGUGGUGGUGGUGGUGGCUGGGAAACCUCUCAAACAGACUGGCAUGCACCGAGUUCAUCAAGCUGGGCAAAGAGUGGUGGUUCUAGCUGGCCAAGAGGUGAUAAAGGAGACAGAGAUUAUAGUAGCAGAAAUAGUGAAUAUGAGCCAGAUUGGGACGAUGAAUGGAGAUGAAAUUCUCUUUGAAAAGAGAAUAAUAUUUAAUUAAAAAGUAAACAAGUCAUGAGUUAAUCACAUGCGCUGGAGCCAUUCGUACUCCUCAGUGGUGAAACAGAAGGAAGCAUUCUGUUAAUUCACUAUGCCAAUCGUAUCUUGUGGAGAGAGUGAUCUUGAAACUGAAAUUUAGUUAAACGACUAUUAUUAAUUGCGAUACUUUAUAUGAAAGAGCCAUGAAAUACGUAACUUUUGGUGAUUAGCCCUGAAGUUUAAUGUUUGCCAUAACAAGUGAUUUCAAAUGGGCAUAAUCACGUGCAUUGAUUUGUAAAAUAUUUGUGCAGUGUAUAAAAGUAUUUUCUAAUGCAGGCAUACUUUCAGAUACUGCGAGUUCCACAAAGCGAGUCACAUGAAAUUUUUAUUUUCUCAAUGAGCAUAAAGCUGUGUUUAUCGUAUGAUAUGCGCCUUUUUCCUGUUAAAUGUGCAGUGACAUUAGGUCUAAAAAGGUACAUACUUAAAUAUAAAGCAUUUAAAAGCUUUGUUUAAAAAUACUGUUCACUAUCUACGCCUUCAAGCUUUGCAGUCUUCUCACUGGUGAAGAAUCUCGCUUGAUGGCAUAGCUACAGGUUAGUGGUUACUGAAAAUAUGUUUUGCAUUUUUUAUAUUAGGGGGAAGGCUUUUUUACUAAAAUAUUACGCCUGAAUAUUUAUCUGAUACAAACUUUUUUCCUACAUCUUCAUUCCCUUCUGUCAGCCUUCAUACAACUGAAGAAAGUUUAGAGCUUUGAUGGAAUUUGUGACUAAAAUUUGAUCUUCUUUUCAAGCUAUUAAUAAACGUUGCCUGCAUCAACAGUAAAGUUGCUUCGCUUUCUUAUAAAUCAGUAAAUUUUUCCAGUAUUUUCGAAACACAGUAACACGAAGCGCAAUGAAAUGUGGUAUGCCUGUAUAAGCUUAGUACUUUUUAGUACAUGUAAAAUAGUUUUUUUUAAAUAUUUAACUAUUAUAAAAAUAAAAGAACUUAAGAUGUUAUC